UUGUGCCUGACUAUCGAUCGGCAGCCGAGCCUUGUGUUUGAGCUGGAGGCGUCCCGGCCAAUCAGAGCGCGCCAAGCCGCCGACCAGGCAGACUCUGCUCGUGAAUGGUCUCGACGGCAGCCGCCUCUUGAUGGCGCUGAGCGCAGCGGUGCUCUGACGCCGAUGUCGGUCGGACCUCUGUUUCGGGUGAAAAUGGUAGUGUUGGCUUUCACAAAAGUGAUUUUAUUGACCACCUCGUCCGUCUAA